AUGUUUCGAUUUCUCCGGACCGUUUCCUUGGGACUUGUCCUCCAAGCAAGUCUUAUUGACUCUGCUGUGACCUUCAGACGCCAGGCGUCAGUAGAACAGGGGUCCUUGGCUCUUGUGUCAACAAGUCCCCUAGAGUUCAAGUACACAACUGCAGAGCCGAGCCCCCGGAACUGGAUUGGCCUUUAUUACGCGGCAGGCGGCGGGCCUGACAACGGCGAAUUUAACCAACCUUCUAUUCGGUGGUCAUAUGCACCCGAGGCCCAGGGCUCUGUCAAGUUUGACAACGAUGGACUUGGGUCGGGCGAAUACAAGGCCUACUUCUUGGCAGAUGACAAGUAUAAGUCGCUUGCGGCGCCGGUACAGCUUGCUCUAGGCGAAUCAACCAAAUACCCCGGCUCAAUCAGCGUUGAUUACAGCAGAACUCCCAUCAAUAUCAAGUACACUACAACUCAGGCCAAUGACAAAAAUUGGAUUGGCUUGUAUUUCGCCGAAGGGGGAGGCCCGGUAAAUCAGGUAGAGGACCAACCAUCCUUGACGUGGGAAUGGGCUCCUGCGUCCGUGGGAGAGGUUACGCUGUCAACCAAAGACCUAAGCCCCGGAGAAUACAAGGCCUUCUUCCUUGCCGACGGUGGCUACAAAUGGUUGUCUGAACCAAUCGCCGCACAGGCGCGGAACGCAGAACCAUUCCACUUCAUUGCCAAAGACAUCACCACCAAGAAUGCCCGCCAAGGUGACAAGUUUGAAGCCAGCCUCGGCAAUCUCGUCAGCCAACCCGGUGACAAAGACACGAAAUUCAAGAUUGUUGGAGACGGGGACUGGGCUGUAAUUAGCUCCUCAGGCGUCAUCAGCGGCACACCUUCAUCCAGCGCCAAAGACACGACGCUACGCGUCGAAGCACAGGACAAGAACGGAGUCACUGCCUCAAUACCAGUACACAUUCCUGUGCGCCCUGCAGGCUCCUCGCUUGUUGAGAACCUACGAGUUCUAUCGUUCAACCUUUGGCAUGGGGGCACACAGGUUUCCAACUAUCACGAGAAGCAGGUGCGCUUUUUGGCGGACAAGAAUGUCGACAUAGUGGGAUUCCAAGAGAGCACGGGAGGCCACGGCACUCGCCUCGCCCAUGCUUUUGGCUGGUACUCAUGGCAGGGCCCCGAUGUUUCGAUUAUUAGUCGAUACCCGAUUACCCAGGUGUACUCGGCGACGUCUGUCUCGGGCUCGGUGAGGAUUUCCUUGGAUGGAGCUGAUGGCGACAUCAUUGUUUGGAAUGCACAUCUCGGCUAUGAUCCAUACGGCCCGUAUGACUUUUGCUUUGACAAGAUGAGCGUCGGUCGAGUCAUGGAACGAGAGAGUCAGUCGGGCCGCACCCCGCAGAUUCAGGAGAUAACAAAAAAGAUGGGUGACCACCUUUCAAACGCGGAAAAUGUGCCUGUUUUGCUCUUGGGAGACUUCAAUGCCCCGUCUCACCUGGACUGGACCGAGGCCAGCAAGAAUCAGCAUUGCGGCAUUGGUCAAGUCGCCUGGCCGACGUCCAAGUACCCAACUGAUGCUGGGCUGAUUGAUUCAUUCCGGGUGGCGCAUUCGGAUCCCGUGGCAACACCCGGUAUUACUUGGUCCCCAAUCUAUCUGGAUAACAACGGCCGACCGGAGCCUCUGGAUCGAAUUGACUUUGUCUAUCACAAAGGCCGCAAGCUUACGGUUCGGGAUUCCGAGGCGGUUGUAGUAGGCAACCCAACAGCGGAGCCAAAUCACGGCAACAACGAAUGGACGUCAGACCACAAGGCAGUUUUGACGACUUACAGUGUGAAGGCUUAA